AUGGCUCGCUACAAUCCCCUGGCCUUUACGUCUGGUCCCGUCGUCUUUUUCAUCACCAUCACGUACACUGCCCUCUUGAUAGCCCUGCUCCUUACCCAUCUCACGCUGCCCAGCUAUCCUUCUCAUCCACCCCUAGGCAUCAAUCUCACUCAAGCUUGGUCCGAUCUUGAGCACAUUACACGAGAAUUUCACCCCUACAACAGCCAUGCUAAUGACAAUGUGCGCGCCUACUUGCUCUCUCGCAUAGAGCACAUGAUGGCCUCAAAGAAGCUCGGCAGUGAUCAGGUGCAGAUUAUAGAUGACAACAUUUCCAAUGCCACCUUCUCCUCCGGCAACACGACAGUCUACUUUGAAGGUACCAACCUCAUCGUUGCUGUACGUGGAUCUCACGAUGACCAAGCAUUCAACGACAGAAACCGCCGUCCCGAUAAUGGAGGCGUCCUUGUCAACGCCCACUACGAUUCUGUAAGCAGCGGCUACGGUGCCACUGAUGAUGGCGUUGGCGUUGUCUCUGUCUUGCAGCUUCUCUCUUUUUUCACAGAACCCAAGAAUUGGCCAAAGAGAACAGUCGUCCUCCUCUUGAACAAUGGCGAGGAAGACUUUUUGAAUGGAGCCAAGGCUUUCAUGCGCCAUGACAUCUCUCAGGUUCCGCAUACAUUUGUUAAUCUCGAGGGUGCUGGAGCAGGUGGUCGCGCAGCAAUGUUCCGGAGCACAGAUACGCAUGUAACUCGAUUCUACCGCAAAUCUGAACAUCCCUUUGGAACAGUCGUCAGCGGCGACGGCUUCAAAAAAGGUCUCGUCAGGAGCGAGACGGAUUACAAGGUCUUUUUCGAAGAACUGGGCCUUGCAGGCCUGGACAUUGCCUUCAUCGAGCCGAGAGCAAAAUACCACACAAUCGAGGACUCAACACGCGAAACCUCGCUCAACUCGGUCUGGCACAUGCUGUCUGCGGCAAUUGCUACGACCUCGGGACUUGCCGCCGAUACCAGCACGCCUGAUCGUGAGUCUCAUGACGACGCCGUGUGGUUUGACAUUUUUGGCAAAGUCUUCAUUGUUUUCCAAUUGCAUACUUUCUUUGCCCUUUGCGUCACCUUGUUGGUGGUGGCACCAUUGACAUUGAUUGGCCUUGCCUGGUCUCUCCACAAGGCUGACAGAAACUACCUCUUUGCACGCAAGGCAUUCGUAUACUCGGCUGACGAUGAUGAACCGAUACAUUUAUACGGAUGGCGUGGAUUCUUCCGGUUUCCCAUCGCCUUUGGCAUUGCCACGUCUAUUGUUGUCGGUCUUGCCAUGAUGUUGUCCGCCUGGUUUGCCGUUUCCUGGUUCCUCUUGCAUGGAGCCGAUGCGAUGCGACCCUCUGCACUGCAGCGUAUGUAUUCUUUACUUUGGCUUUUCAUCGGUUCUUUUUGUCUACUUGUCUUUUUCACUAUUCUCGCAAAUAAUCAUCAAGUCGCUGCCGGGUAUCCCUCAUUGUUCUGCUUUGCGACAGUCUUUUUGGCCAACGUUUUGUCUUUCUUGGAACUGUUUUUGGCUCCACCCAAAUCUGCCUAUGCAUGGAAUGUACAUCAAAAUGCAGAUGGAGGUAGUCGACCGCUCACUAGCAGUGCAACUGCUGCACGGUCCGACAAUCGGGCCACCACAGACGAUGACGCAACUGAAACGACUUCACUGUUGAGCGGCAAUCGUCGCAGCUUUGCGCGGCACGACGCUGGUAGACGCGACGCAAUAAAUGAGGGAGCUAACAGUCAAGAGCCGGAGUCACGCCGACGGCUAGAUCUUGGGCAGCCGCAUUCUGGAGAACAAGAGUGGAGUGGGAAAUUGCCAAGUUGGAUCUGGAUCGUGCAAUUCUCAUUGCUCGCGCCCAUGAUCGUCAUCCUGGUUGGGCAAAUCGCCUUGUUGCUGACUUCGGCCCUAUACCAAACACCAUCUGAUGGCAACUCACCUCUAUACAUCUAUACGUCGAUUGCCGCGCUCGCCGUAUUCCUCGUCGCACCCAUUGGACCGUUCAUCCAUCGCUUCACCCAUCACGUCCCCACAUUUUUAUUUUUGUUAUGUGUUGCAACGACAAUUUAUAACCUCGUUGCCUUUCCAUUUAGUGAGCAACACAAGCUCAAGGUAUACUUUGUUCAGCGGGUCGACUGUGACACGGGUGUCAACACGGUAUCCCUGACCGGACUGGACGGAUAUGUGCAGCGCAUUGCAGGUAAUAUGCCGAGUGCACAGCAAAGUUCACUAAACUGCAGUACGCCGGACAUCGUGACGCGCAAAGAAUUGCGCAUGUGCGAAUGGGAGGGUCUCCAUCCUAAUGUUGUCUCUCCAACCUCACAAUACAGCAACAAGACUCGUGCCACCGACUGGAUCGACUAUGAGAUCUUCCACGAUGAUAGCAAUAACAGAGGGCGCAGGUAG